AUGACUACAAACAAAGAUAGGACUUUGGUUGAACGCGAUAGUUCAAUCGAAGGUCUUUCAGCUACAAAAAGAUGGGCAUCAACCUCUGGGCUACUAGCUCUGCCAAUGCUUUUUGGAAUGAACUUAACUAAUACCAGUGAAGUUGGUGUGCGGAAGAUCUUGUCCAAUUCAGGAGUACUCGUGGAGUUGAGUAAGUUAGAUCGCUGGGUCUAUGUGACUUCGGCCAUGUUUAUUGGCGCAUUUAUCUUCUCAAUGGGUCUGUUCAUUGCGGGUUUGUACAAGAAAUCGGCUCAUAGUCGUUUCAAGGAGUUGUUUGUGAUUUGUGCGGGUUUGUUUGCCCUUUCAGGAUUAGUGUUGCCACACAGUGAUAACAUCGCUGUUCUGACACUGACUAGGUUCUUGGUUGGUGUGGCUAGUGGAAUUGCUUGUGGCCUGUGCAUGGUUUACUAUAUGGCCGUGCAUCCGGAAAACGUAGGCAAGAAAGUGUGUACGGCCCAUGGUUUACUGAUCUGUGUAGGAGUGAUGUUGCAGGGUAGAUUGGUUGAUAUAGUGCCUAGUGACUACUCGUAUUUAAUCUUCUACUUAACAACUUUGCUUAGUACAAUCUCAUUGGUACUUAGUCUCCUGUUUGUCAAGAAUAUUAAGGAGAAGAAGAGUAGUAUUGAGGUUGUUUUGAUAUCCGAUGGAUCUUCUUAUGAGAGUCAGAGAAGAACAGAUAGAAUGUCUUUGUUUUUGAUUGGUUCUUGUUUAGUGAUGCAUGUGUUGCAGCAGUUAACAGGUAUUAAUCCUGUUUUGGUCAAUGCUAAGAAGUUGGUGUUCAAUAGUACUGAUCUGGUGGCCAUGCGGCCGGCUAAGACAUUCUUUGAUUUGGCCGGGUUGUUAGGAGCAGUGGCUGGUGUGGGUUUAAUGAUGGUUUGUCCUAGUAAAUUCACGUGGAUUAUUCUGGUCUCUUCAGUUGCGACUGGAUUGAGUUAUGUGCCUUUCUUUAUGGAUGGAUUUGAGGUUGGUCGAUGGUGGGGAGCGGGUUUGUACUACUUCUUCUUUUCGAUUAUGCUAGCUGGACUGCCAUGGAUGUUGCCUUCAUUAGUACUGACGGAUAAGAAGAACGUAUCUUUGGCGGCUGGAUUAGGGUCUCUCUGUAAUUGGUUGAUAUCCUUUGGCUUGAUAAUGGGUGGUGAUUUGAUUAUUAAUAAUCUGGGCAGUGAGAUUAUGUUUGCUAUUUUCAUGGUCUGUUCGUUUAUGCAGGGCCUGUUUGGCUGGUGGCUGCUGCGAUAUAUCCAGACUAAUAAGAAGCCAGCUAGUACUAAGGACUUCUCAAUGGAAAGUUCAGGCAGUGCAAUUACAACUGAGGUUUAA